CCACUCUCGAAAUGUAUCUUCGAUAUCGGCCUCACAACUACUACGCAAGACAGUCAAAGGAUGCGGUGACUGCCAUGAGCAAGUUGCGGACUGCAUUCCUGCGCUACUCUGGAACGCUCAAUGUGUAAGAUCAUGGAUCUUGCACAUCACAGGGUGUUUUCAGGAACGGUAGCGACGACCCAUGACGCUGAGAGUCAUCUCGCGAAUGUUUUGUGAAGACAAUACGUGGCAGAAGAGCGAACAGGGUGGAACCUCGUCGCAUCAUCUGCAAGUCCUGACGCGCUUGAUCUUUACCCUUCAAGCACACAAUCCAAACAAAUAUUUCGAAUGAACGGCAUGAUUUUGCUGAAGAGAACAUACAUCAAAUAGCUUGGUGCACUCCUCCCUUCAAACCCAAAACUCCUAAUUCUUAUCUUGUUCACGCAUGACAAAUGUCACUUCUAACUCACUCCUUCCUAACAUAUGGGGAGCUGCGUUUCCAUCUGCUCGGCUCCUGCUACAAUGCUGCACCUAGGCUCGAUUUUUGCUAACAAGCAGGAGCUUACGAGCCUUUUGUCCAAUGAUGCAGAGGCAGCCACAGACGGCCUCAACAUCCAAGUUGGUAGAUCCAUCGAUGCACAGACUACAAAAGUUCCACAGUCUGUACUCGACUCGAAUCCGAGUUUGAACAGUCUCCUCGUACCAGGCUGCAGAAUUGUUAACGCCGACCCUGCUGUCUUCGCCAUCGUCAUCGGACACCUACAGUCUGCCAGCACAUUUGGACUGAUGUCCCUCAGCGCACCUGGUCAUCUCCAGGAACUGGCCCUCGGCGAUGAGCCUCUUCUCAACUUUGCAAAAGCGUGGCACAUUGGCGACAUGCUGCGAAUGCCUGACCUACAGAACCGUAUCCUCAAAGUUUACAGCACCUACUACAUGUGCUGUUUGGAUAAUGGUAUCUGCAGAUCUGCAGACCGAAAGCCGGUGGACCCACGGCCGUUUAAAUACCUGAGCGACAGUAUGGGUAACCACACCAAAGCCGAGAGGUUCCUUAUCGACUUCCACGCAGGGUCCAUGAAAAAUCAAACAGAACUCAGGCGAGAUGACUUCAAGAUGCUACCGAAAGACAUCGCAGUGAAGAUCAGAUAUCGCUGGCAGCAGCUCACGGUGAUAGACAGCGAUCGAUUUGAGCUGAGCAACGAUCGCAUCACAGCCCGAGAUCGCACGUUUAACGUCGUCAAGAACGAGGCAAUCGUCCAUAGCGACUUGCAGGUCCAGUACCUCUGUGCAACAGGGGAAACAAGAUUCGGUCUAAACCCACCCAUGACCAGAUCGUACAGGUCAAUACCGAUGCCCCCCAACAGCACUGCAUCUCACCACGGCAGCGAGCUCGAAGAUCUGAUAGUCCAAAGGGCACGGCACCAAGUGAUGCGUUCCGGUAACGCCUCCAGUGCAAGUGAUCUGGUGAAUCCCAGACUGACCAAUCCAUUCGUUGGGGGGCCCUCGCGGCGACGUGAUGCGGCUGACUCGCCUAUGGUCUCACCGACUUCGAAGCCGUGAAACUGACUGCGGUCUGCAACGAGGCGUAGCACUUGGCAAGUUGGAUUCGUUUGGGUACCCGACAUGGGUGGAGGCCUGCAUCAUGCUAUCUUCUGUA